AUGGACGACAUCCACGCCCCGACUGUCGCCUCCGGACCUUCGUCCGGGGCUGUCCCUCGCGACUUGUCUAAGCUGUCGAUGACCGACCUGAUGCAGGAGAAGCAACGCCUGGAGGAUGAGCUCAAAGCUCUGUGUGCUGUUCUCGACUCGCAUGGCGUUCGCAUGACCUCAUCUCUAACUACCUUUGAUGGCUACCCACGCGAUGAUAUCGACAUCGCUCAAGUCCGAACAACACGCGUGCGCAUUAUUCACCUACGCAAUGACCACAAGGCAGUGAUGGAACAUCUUGAGAGGGGCAUCCACGCACAUUUCGCCAGCCUACAGAACACGCCCGACGCACGCCCAAAUACAAAUGGCGCUAGCUCUGCUCCACACGCCCAACCAACAGCGCAACCAGCAGCAACUGCAAGUGCUACACCGGGGGCAGCAUUUGCCAAGGUUAAUACCGUGGUGCCGGGAAGUCCAGCAGAUCAGGCAGGACUGAAGGCAGGGGAUGUCAUCCGAAGCUUUGGCAAUGUCAAUUGGCUGAAUCACGAACGUCUUUCCAAGGUCGCCGAAACAGUUCAACAAAAUGAAGGGCACCCAGUAUCAGUCAAGGUCAGCCGGACGGACUCUACCGGAUCGGGCCCUGCUACUGAGCUGGACCUCCAACUCACACCUCGGCAAAAUUGGGGUGGCCGUGGCUUGCUGGGCUGUCAUCUAGUGCCAUUAUGA